UUUCAAUACGAACUUAGGCAAAUGUGGCCAUAUGGUUUAAAAGACCUCAAAUAGUGGAAUCGUAUUGGAAACGAGGCUAAAAGUGAACAGAUGCGCGCAUUGACCUAAGGGUCACGCAGACUCAGUGAAGAUACAGAAAUAUUUGCAUAAUAAUUAGUCGUUAUAACGGUAACCAUACAGCUUAAAUGUGACAUAUGUGAUCGUUGGAGGCGGGGCUUAUAAAACCCUAUAUGACAAAAACCAGCAAAAGUGGAAAUAUUAUAUUUAUUUCCAUGGAGGUAAUUAUCCGUUGGAACUAUUGAUAUUAAUAAAGUCUCCGUCAAUAAUAACUGAAGUCUUAUUUUCAAACGGACGCACUCAAAGAAAUUCGAAAAUAUCUCAUGUGUACAUGUCUAUAGAAAGAAAGUUAGUAAAGAAGCAAAGACAAAGCUGAAAGACUGUUAAUUUAGUUAUCAAAUGCUGAGCGCCUUACAUACACACAUGGAGUGAACGCCGUGGAUAGAGUUGUGAUUAAAGUGCCUUAAUUACUAAAGAAAUGCCUACACGAUCCAUACUACAUGACGAUAUUGAAUGUGAGGAUGAAUCCGACUUCCCGUCCGACGAGGAACUUGAAGUCUCCGACCAGGAUGACGUCAUUUCUAAAGAAGAUGCAGAUAAACCUAAUUUAAAGAAGGGAAAACGUCGGAAAUCUGACAGUCCAGAUAAAGACGAACCGAAAAUUCCGAAAAAGCGCGGACCCAAAAAGAAAAAAAUGACAAAAGCAAGAUUACUUCGUCUUCGAGUACGCAGAGUGAAAGCCAACACAAGAGAACGAAACCGGAUGCAUGGUCUUAAUGACGCACUUGAUAUAUUACGUAAACACGUGCCAUGUUAUUCAAAGACUCAGAAACUGUCAAAAAUAGAAACAUUACGACUGGCAUGUAACUAUAUCGGUGCAUUAGGGAAUAUUCUGAAAACUGGGAUAAGACCUGAUGGUAUUUCUUUUGCUAAAGCUCUGUCGAAAGGACUUUCACAAAACACGAUGAAUCUUGUAGCUGGAUGUCUGCAACUCAAUCCAAGAACUCUUUUACCCGAAUCGGCUGCAUAUUCAAAACCAUAUCAAUUUUUGUAUGAAAAUUCCUUGGAUUUUACGUCUCCCUCAUUAAUGCGACAGACAGAUUUUGCUAACCACGGCUUUCAGUCAUAUGAAAGCUUCUCGCCUUCCCGAGCAAACGCUUGUUAUUCCGUGCCUUCAAUGAAUCAAGUGCCUCAUUCUAACAUACAGACUCCAAUGACUGAUUUUGGAAGUCCUAGGAUCAUGAGCCCGCUUCAGGGAUACACCGCAGACAACAGUCUUCAAGUCGAGGCUAUGACGUCAUCAAAUUUUUUACGCUGUGAUAACGUCAUGGAAUCAUAUCCGAACAAUUACGUCACGCCUCCGUCCAUGUACCCUCCAAAUGUUGUGACAUCUAUACAGGACUGCGUCCCAGUCUGCGCAAUCAUUGACAGUAUGCCCGACUCUAUUCUAGAAAACGACAUCGGUAUGCUAAUGGGUCCGAAUCCGAGCAUAUUUGACCAAAUGGCGCCUUGAUUUUAAUUUAAAAUACAUUCUUAUCUAGUCAGAUAUAACUUAAAACAUAUUUUCAUAUUUUGAAUUUUUAUAUCGAAGGCUUAAUAAGUUUAAGCUGAUUAUUAUGUUACUUUUUAUCUUAAA